GUGAAAGCAUCAGCUAUGUUCAAUGUAAGAAAUAUUGGAAAAACACAAGUCGUGAGAGCUCAAGGAAGCAAAAUUGAAUCUGAUGGCCUCAAUGGUAGUGUUUUGGAGGUGAGCCUUGCUGAUCUGCAGAAUGAUGAAGUUACACUUAGAAAAAUCAAGCAAAUUGCUGAGGAUGUACAGGGCAAAAACUGUCUGACUAAUUUUCAUGGCAUGCAUUUUAACCCUGACAAAACGUGUUCCAUGGAAAAAUGGUAGACCAUGAUUAAAGCUCAUGUUGAUGUUAAGACUACCGAUGGUUAUUUGCCUUGUGUAUUUUGUGUUGAUUUUACUAAAAAAAUGCAACAGAUUUGUAAGACUUCUUAUGCUCAGUUCCAACUGGUCCACCAAAUUUCGAAAAAAGAUAAUGCAUACCAUGACCUGAGAGGUGCAAAUGACUUAAAAAAAAAAAAGUCAAUCAGCAUCAGACAAGACAUAGGAAAAGCUUAUAAAUCUACUUAUCCAUUCCAUGAUAUCUUUGUUAGAAAAGUAAAAAUGCUGGAGAAGCCCAGAUUUGAACUGGGAAAGCUUAUGGACCUUUCUGGUAAAGGUAGUAGUUCUGGAAAAGCGACUAGAGAUGAGACCAGUGCUAAAACUGAACAAGCUGAUGGGUCUGAGCCACCAGCCCAAGAAUCUGUGUGAAAUUCAGACAUUUAAUGGUGACAGAUAAAAAAAUCCUAUUGGUGAAAAUAAAUAAACAAAUAAAUAAAUAAACAAAUAAAAUUGAAACUGUAUAUUAAUCUGACAAUUUAGAUGCUGCAAUUUGAGGAAAAUAUAACUUAACAGUACUAAAAGG